AUGGCGUCGAUUUUUCAUGCCAGAUACAGCGCGAUUGGAGCUGUGGCAGUGCUCCGGGAUCAACUGGGGAUUUCAUGGCCGCCUGCCGAUUGGGCUUCCAUCCGCACUUGGUUUUCCGGCCGUGGAAAGUUUAUACCGAUUAAUAAUAAAUGGGUGAUGCCCGAAGAACUUUCGAUAAUGCGGGGUAUUUCAAAGAUGGGCCAUGCAAACGCGCCUGGAGCUGGACUGGCCAGAGGCUUCGAUAUGGGAAGCAAAUGGCCAAGCAAUCAUAUUCUUGGCUCGUUGUGUGGGAAUGCUGGCCAGACAAGAAAAUCGGAUAUGUACCAUGGCUCUGGAAGAGGGGAGGCAGACUUGUGUUGGAGAGCGGACCAGGCUAUAAACUGGUGCCAUAGAGAACCCCCGAGGGAGCAUCCACUCAGUGGCAGGAAAGGGAAAAAGAUGCUUGAUGAGUCCGGAGUAAAUAUCGGGAUUGCUGAUUGGCUGGCAGAGACACGGGAUUGCUUACGUGAUCCACCUCGAACCCGCCCUUUCGAUCCCUCAUGUGGCUUUUCCCCGUGCUUGGGGCAAGGAGAGCGAGAGCGACCGAGUCGGCCUAUCUUCCGCCUCCUCUUUCCAAUCCCUUCACUUUUCCUCGACGCAGACGAUCCUGGCAGCCUCUUGGACCGGUCUGGUUGCGCUACAGACGACCGUCAACUCCCACCGCUCCCGUUAUCAUCGUGA